AUGUUCACCCGCCUAGUUUGCAUCAAUGAUUAUGAACAGCAUGCUAAAUCAAUACUUCAAAAGUCUGUAUAUGACUAUUAUAGGUCUGGGGCAAACGAUCAGGAAACCUUGGCUGAUAAUAUUGCGGCAUUUUCCAGAUGGAAGCUGUAUCCACGAAUACUCCGGAAUGUUGCUGAAAUAGACCUGUCGACUUCUGUUUUAGGACAGAGGGUCAGCAUGCCGAUAUGCGUUGGGGCCACUGCUAUGCAAUGCAUGGCUCAUGUGGAUGGGGAGCUUGCAACUGUGAGAGCCUGCAGAUCCCUGGGAACUGGCAUGAUGCUGAGUUCCUGGGCCACCUCCUCAAUUGAAGAAGUGGCAGAGGCUGGUCCCGAGGCGCUUCGGUGGAUGCAGCUGUACAUCUACAAGGACCGUGAAGUCACCCGGCAACUAGUGCAGCGGGCUGAGCAGAGGGGUUACAAGGCCAUAUUUGUGACAGUGGACACCCCUUACCUGGGCAACCGCUUUGAUGAUGUGCGUAACAGAUUCAAGCUGCCACCACAACUCAGGAUGAAAAAUUUUGAAACCAGUGCUUUAGCAUUCUCUCCUAAGGAAAAUUUUGGAGACAACAGUGGACUUGCUACAUAUGUGGCAAAAGCAAUAGACCCAUCUAUCAGCUGGGAAGAUAUUCACUGGCUGAGAAGACUGACUUCACUGCCGAUUGUUGCAAAGGGCAUUCUGAGAGGUGAUGAUGCAAAGGAAGCAGUUAAACAUGGUUUGGAUGGGAUCCUGGUGUCCAAUCAUGGGGCUCGACAACUCGAUGGGGUGCCAGCCACUAUUGAUGCUCUGCCAGAAAUUGUGGAGGCUGUGGAAGGAAAGGUGGAAGUCUUCCUAGAUGGGGGUGUGCGUAAAGGCACUGAUGUCUUGAAAGCUCUGGCUCUGGGCGCCAAGGCUGUGUUUGUGGGGAGACCCAUCAUAUGGGGCUUAGCUCUCCAGGGGGAGAAAGGUGUCCAAGAUGUCCUUGAGAUACUGAAGGAAGAAUUCCAUUUGGCCAUGGCUCUGAGUGGGUGCCAGAAUGUGAAAGUCAUCGACAAGACAUUGGUGAGAAAAAAUCCUUUGGCUGUUUCCAAGAUCUGA